AUGUUUACGAACGAAGAUAUGUUCGAUGAUGGAGAAUUAUCUGUGGAAUAUUCUUCAGAUGAUAAUUCAGAACCGAAUGUGGAUUUAGAGAAUCAGUAUUAUAUGGCUAAGUCACGGAAAGAUGACAACCCAGAUAUGGCACUAGUUGAAUUUCAAAAGGUUCUAGAUAUAGAAGGCACUGGAACCAAAGGUGACUGGGGAUUUCGAGCGUUGAAGCAAAUGAUUAAGAUAAAUUUCAGACUUGGAAGGUUCGAUAGUAUGAUGGAAAACUACAAAAUUCUUCUUACCUACAUAAAAUCUGCUGUCACCCGAAAUUAUUCAGAGAAGUCGAUUAAUUCAAUUCUGGACUAUGUUUCAACCUCUAAGCAAAUGGAUUUAUUGCAGCAGUUUUAUAUUACUACUCUAGAUGCCCUUCGGGAGUCAAAAAAUGAAAGGUUGUGGUUCAAAACUAACACAAAAUUGGGAAAACUUUACUUGGAACGUGGUGACUACAUACAUUUACAAAAGAUUGUUAAAGAAUUACGGGAAUCUUGUCAGACAGAUGAUGGGGAAGAUGAUCUAAAAAAAGGGACUCAGCUGUUGGAGAUUUAUGCACUUGAAAUUCAAAUGUAUACAGCUCAAAAAAAUAACAAAAAACUGAAAGCCUUAUACGAACAGUCUUUACAUAUCAAGUCUGCCAUUCCACAUCCUCUAAUAAUGGGCAUUAUUCGGGAAUGUGGUGGGAAAAUGCAUCUUCGUGAGGGAGAAUAUGCCAAAUCCCACACAGACUUUUUUGAAGCCUUUAAGAACUACGAUGAAUCUGGGUGUCAGCGCAGAACGCACUGCCUUAAAUACCUUGUUUUAGCCAGUAUGUUGAUGAAGUCGGGAAUUAAUCCGUUUGAUUCACAGGAAACGAAACCGUACAAAAACGAUCCACAAAUUGUGGCUAUGACCAGCCUUGUAACAGCCUAUCAAAACAAUGAUAUUGUGGAAUUCGAAUCCAUCUUACGACGUGAACGUGAUUCGAUAAUGGAGGAUCCUUUUAUUCGAGAACAUAUUGAAGACUUACUUCGUAACAUCAGAACUGAAGUCCUAAUCAAAAUAAUCCGGCCGUACACCAGAAUCAGGAUACCUUUUAUUUCACAACAGUUAAAUCUUAGCGAUCCUGAGGUAGAAAGUCUUCUAGUUGCUUGCAUCCUAGAUAACACUAUACAAGCAAAGAUCGACCAAGAACACCGAAUCUUGGUAGUCAGCACGGAAGCUACUACAGAGGCUCGCUAUCAAGCCCUUGACAAGUUGGCUCUGAGGUUACGUCAUUUACAGACUGCUAUGUCUAACAGAAUACCGAUUUCCAACUGA